AUGCGCUCCGCGCGGGGCAUCCGCGGAGAGAGAGCGCCCCAGCUCGACGGGGUCGCAGCCCGCGAGGCCGCGGACACGGACGUGCUCUUCGCCCACGACGCAGGCCACCUCGGAGAGGGGCUCUCUCUCUCUCUCUCUGGAGGCCUCGGCGCCGCGCGACGGCGGCGCCGCACGUCGGAGCGGCUCGCCCGGAGGCUCUCGGCACGCGGGUCCAGGCGAUGCAGAGGCUCCCAGGGCGCCCAGAUCGGCGGUGCGGCCCCGGAGCAGCCUCCAGCCAGGCCGGGGCGGAGGAGCGGGCGCCAGGUGUCCGCCGCGCACGCGCGGGCUCCAGCGGUGAGGUAUACAGAUGGCCUCGGACCCCACGCUCGCGUCCAACAUCUCGCCGAGCAGCGGCGAGGCCUGCUGCCACUGCUCAUCUGUCUCGCCCGUGCCGCCCCCAGCGCAGUGCCCAUGCCGCCCAGGUCUAGAUCAGCCGCCCACAGCUCGACGAGUCAUGGCGGCGCCUCCUCUCAAUGUCCGCUGUUCUCGCGCGCGCGCCGCUGA